AUGGCCUCCGCGGGGCCUUCUGGCGGCUCUGUUACUGAGCUUGCCUCUAAGCUCUACGAUGCAUGUUUGGCCAAGUUUUCUCCUGAUCAUCUAUUCUAUCAGCAAGAAUUACUGGGGCUAGGGCAAAAAAAUGACCGACUGGCCUGGAAGAUUAUCUCGCGCGAAGAUGCUGAAAAACUUCAGAACCUUAGCCCCGACGAAAGUUUGGUGUACAACGUUAUUCACUCGACUGGGCGCUCAGGCAUCUGGGUCCGUGCUAUUCAGAAUCGCACAAAUCUGCACAAGUCGAUACUCGAUCGCUGCCUCAAAUCGCUCGAAGGAAAGAAUUACAUCAAAAGUGUCCACAAUGUCAAGUUUCCCAGCCGGAAGAUGUAUAUGCUAGCGGGCCUGGCCCCGAGUGAGGAUGUUACCGGCGGUGCUUGGUUUACCGAUGGGGUGCUGGACGAGAACUUCAUCAACACUGUGGCUGGUUAUAUUGAGUAUACCGUGAGUCGGAAAAGUUGGUUUGAGGUAGCUUCCGCGGAUGGGCAUCGCGGCAAACGUGUCAAAACCGCCGACGGAAGCGUAUCUGUAAAACAAGAGAUGGGGCAGAAAGAAUAUAUACCUUUUCCGGCUGGAUAUCAAGGGUAUCCCACAGUCGCGAUGAUCACUGCUGCUGUGAAUGAGAGUGGAAUUACGCCGGUCCGGCUGGGUGAGGAGAGCAUUUUGCAGCUCCUUGAGAUGCUCUGCUUCGAUAAUAGAUUGGUGGCCUUGAACAACGGGGAAGUCUACCGAUCGGUCAAAAAACCCCGAGGCCGUGAAACAGCAGCAAGCACGGAAACCAGCUGCCGAUGA